UUAUGUAGUCUAUAGAUCGAUGGAUUAGAGUUUUAAAUGAAUAUCGUCUCAUAUUUCACAGGAAAGAAAGAAAGCAAACUCAAAUGAAAGGGAAGGAGAGCACUUUCCCAAACCCUAAUUCAUGAACCGCCAUUAAUUUAAGACGAACAAGCAGCCACGCCACCAUCUCCUCCUCCCUUUUCUCCAUCGUAAAACGUUGGCAAGCCGCCAUCUCCUCCCCCAUUUCAUUCGAGCAACCACCAACAGCUAUCACUUGCUCCUUCACGCCUCAAGCACAACUUGGAGUAGUCGUAGAUAGGGGAUAAAGAGACGGUCGUACGAGGAAAUAUAUACAGGUUAAAAAAACAACAACAAGAAGCACAGAUUGGAACAAUUUCGCAACUUCUUGCCGGGGGAAUUGCCGCCGGUAAAACUUGUACUGCUCCUCUCGCUCGUCUCACCAUCUAAUUUCAGUAAAUGGCUGGUAAUCAAGGAAAAGGAAAGGAUUUUUUUAGACACAUGUUGAGUGGUAAUAGCUCUAGGCCUACCUCGCUCAGAAGGGACCCUUAUGAGAGGGGGGUAACGGGUUCUGCUAGGAGGGCCAGGCAGGAAGAGGCUGCCAGAUACAGUGUGGCCCAACGGUCGAGUGCGCUGAACGUAGGGCGUACUCGUAUUGAUGACCAGGCUAGCAGCCUCCAGAGUAGUUGGGGGGUUUCUAGUGAUGAUGAUGAUGAUGAUGAUGAUGAUGAUGAUGUUGAGUACGUAGGCGACGUUAUUCGCCCAACGGAGUGGACUGUUGUCCGGGGGUCGGACGGGAGAUUCACAUGUGGCGGCCCUAGUUCUUUAGGCGCAUAUGAGCGCUCUAGACGUAGUCUCGUCGAUAAUGAGCUGCCACGGGGGAGCAGGGGCUCACAGUCCGCUGGCAUGGACUGGUUAGUCACAUCGCCCCAGCCCGGGGGGCCCACAGAUACGCGCCUGAUACCUAGCUACGGCGGGCACAUAGCUAAACUUAUUUUUGACGGCUCCGAGCGUACGCCUCCGGUUUUGGAAUGCCGUAGUAGUAAGAGGUCGUUGGAGGCCAUCAUCAGACAGAGGGAUAUGAGCGAUGCGCUGUACGAUGUUCUACCUGCUACUCCCCUCGGCCGUCUGCCGUAUAUUAUGCACCAGCACAUCGACUGUGCUUUGAUAUCGGCCUUCGUGGAGAGGUGGCAGCCGGAUACGAACACCUUCCACAUGCCAUGGGGGGAGAUGACGAUUAUGUUGCACGAUGUGCAACGCAUAUUGGGCAUUUCUAUUGAAGGUUCUCUACCGGCCGAGCCUUCUGAGGUAGAGUGGCAGGACGGUAUCACCAAUCUGUUCGGGGAGCCCAUGUCUGAGCUACGGCGGAAAGGUGUAUUCAUCGGCGGCUGCGUCAACGUUGCUGAACUGAUGCAGUUGUGUCAUAGGUCCCAGGCCAUGGAUACCCAGUCGACAGCCUACUACAUGGCUAUUGUCGGCUCCACCCUGCUGGCGGAUAAGACCAGAACCGGCAUGCGACCUCACCCGAUUCUUGCCGUGAACAUUGAUCAGGAUGAGUUCGCCUGGGGUGCGGUGACCUUGGCCUACAUGUAUCGGCAGCUGGGAAUGGCAUCUAGGGCUGGUUGCAAGACCAUUGCGGGUUGCCUCACAUUGCUCCAGACAUGGAUCUAUGAGUACUUUCCCGCUUUUCGCCCUCAUCCUCGCCGAGCAGACGUGCCUAAUAAGACUAGGGCGGAGAUGUGGUCCACAAAGAAACCAUGUCGUGAGGUGAACAGGCUGAGAGACUGUCGUAGCAUACUUGACUCAAUGACAGAAAUUCAGGUGGAAUGGAAUCCGUACAUGACUGCUCCAAGGGCAUUACUGAAUGAGCACCCACGCACUAGCUUCAUCGGGGGUAUCACUUGCUUUGAUAUGGUCGAGGUGUAUUUGCCGGAGCGGACAGUGCGACAGGUCGGCUUUGUGCAGGCUAUUCCCCCCCAUCCUAUGAGACCAGCCAAGGCUCUCCGACCGGCACACGGUACCUACUUCGUGACCUUUGCUUCUUCUGAUGUUUAUUUGGAGGCAUGGAGUAGGUUCCCCUUUAGUGCCCGCCUUGUUGAGCAGGGACUUCGUCGGGCAUCUGUUCCAUCAGAGGCUGAACCUACUUAUGUUGACUGGUUCAGAGUGUGCUCGCACCCGUACAUAGCCCCCGACGAAGGGCCGACUUCCGGUCCUGGUCCUUCCCAGAGCAAAUCUGAAUACUUUUUCAAUGAAUGGCCCAGUCGAUUCGCUCCAGUGGCUAGACUACCUUUUUCGCUCGCGGAUAUGAACCCCCGUCAACGACAUGCGUUAGAAAUAUACCUUAAUGAUUGCAGAGAUUUAUUUGCUCAAUGGCAAACAUUUAAAGGGCAAGGCCCUUCAUAGUCUGUACUUAAACUAUUUUACAUUAAUGAUUAUAUUUAUUUUCGUCAA